AUGGGAAGUGUUUCAUCAAAUCCUAAUGCGGACGAAACUGGCACCAUAAGCAAUCUUCCUAUGCAUCUUAGGAGGAUGGAAUUGAAAUUUGAUAUUACCAAAGAUAUCAAUCCGAACCUUAAAUAACUAUUGCAUUGUAAUGAGAAAUAAUUAUAAUAGGGUCAUUAAUGGAAAUCAGAUAGGUAUAUGAAUAAUUUCAAAGAAGAUCAAAUUCUCCUUUUAUUGAUAAAAACAUUUUUUGUAAAAUUGUACCUUUUAGCAGAUCAAAUGCAAGCUUCAUCUUCGAUUAGUUUUGUGUUGGAAACAAAGUUCUCUCCAUUUAUGAAUUCAUAUGUAUUCUGACAAUCACUGCCUUCACCCAAUAUAUCCAUAAAGUUCAUUGUAUUAAUUAAAUUCAAUAUGAUUCCUAGUCUUGUAUAUUGUGUUCGAUCUAGAUUGUAGUGGAAACAUAAGUUUGAAUGAACUACUGAUAAUAUUUAAAUCGAUUAUAUUAGGAUACUGCAAGUUAACAGAAGCUGAAUUGCCAUCUUAUAUCUAAUUGGAGAAGUUCGCAAAAUUGAUGUUUCUCAAAAGUGAUAUCUAAGUAGAUAAUUCAUUAGAACUGAGCGAGUAAUACAAUACAUAACUUUAGGAUAAUAGAGUGGCUAGACAAUAAUCCUACUGGUUUGCAAUUAUUUCAAAUGUAUGAACCAAAGUAAAAGGUACAAGAGCCAUAUGAAGCAUUUCGAUCUUUUCGAGCUUAUACUGAACAAGAGGCUGAGAACAUGCUAGAAAUGAUAACUAAAUCUAAUAAGAAUGAAUAUUAUAUGAAGAGUCUAAAUGAUUAGGUGGGAAAAAGGAAUAAAUUUAGUUAUANAGAAUUGAUAUUAAGUAAGAUGUCUUCACAUUAUUAACUUGCUUUUAUCUUUUUUUAUUGA